GUCUGGCGGUGAACUCUCACCCCAGCUGCUUGGGAAAUGUCAUACAGGCAGAGGCCCGUGCUGCAGUAGGGGGGCGUAAUAGGAGGAAAAAAUAACAACAUUUUUUACUGCUCUCACUGCAUCUUUUAUCCGCGUCUCUGCCGUGCAAGUGCCACAUCCCCGCGACCAGCAGCAGCAGCAGCCGCCGCCGACCACUGAUCGCAGCCUCAAUGCCUAUUUCGCAUCAGAGCUAAUAUAUAUUUAAAAAAAAUCCGUGCCAGACAUGGGUGAGAAUAUGAUGCUUCUCUUGAAGAUGUCAGUCCAGAAAACUAACUGGCUUGUGACGACGAUGCCCAGUCGAAGAUCCUGGGAUUGAGACGUGAAUCCCUUUACACUGAUGGCCUGGACUGAGUUUCAGCUGGCCUGCUGAAGCUAUGGGGAGCUGUUGGAGCUGUCUGUACAGAGACCCCAUCCGAGACAACCAUCUCACCAAAUUUAAGGUCACCAAUGUGGACGAUGAGGGCAAUGAGCUGGGCUCUGGGAUCAUGGAGCUCACCCAGACCGAGCUCAUUCUUCACACACGUAAGAGAGACGCCAUCCGGUGGCCGUAUCUCUGCCUGCGCCGCUACGGCUACGACUCCAACCUGUUUUCUUUUGAGAGCGGUCGUCGCUGUCAGACUGGGCAGGGAAUCUUUGCAUUCAAGUGUUCGCGGGCAGAAGAGAUCUUCAAUCUGCUUCAGGAGCUGAUGCAAUGUAACAGCAUCAACGUGGUGGAGGAGUCGAUGAUGAUGAGUCGCAGUGGUCACACACCAGAGAUGGAAAUGUCUCGCACACCACAGACUCCCAACACUCCAGCGUUCCCUGUCCAGGCUUUCCCCAACGGAUACCCUGGUUAUCCAAUCAGAGGUGAUUCCUCCCAACCCUCUCUUGCUGAUGAUCAUGGACAUAGCCUCAUGGGUUUGGAAGACCAGACCCACACCUAUGUAAAUACUGUUAGUAUGGAGGGGGAUCUCUCUAUGCGUCACUGUGUGCACUCCCUGCCCGAGGUGCGGCCCAGCACUUUCCCUGAAUCAACACGAGGAGCCAUGCCUGUCGGGGGCCAAGGAAAUCCGCAGUCCAACCUGCGGUGCUGUCCCCUGGAGGAGCAUAACGAUCCUCAGGUGUUCCUGCAGCCGUCCUCGCAAGAGGUCAAAUUCAUGCUGGGCCCCACUCCGGCACAACGCCAUCUGCUGGAGAGAGAGAGGGAGAGAGAGAGGGAGAGGCACGGGCACAAUCCUCACAACCUUCAGCCAGUAGAGGGUGCAACAGGCUCAGAGACGGAGGGAGACGAGCCCUCCAUGCACCUGUGCAACUCUCACUCCUAUCACCAUUUCCAUCACCACACACACCGGCACCCGGGCCUCGAGCACCCGGACAGCUGUCAGAGCGGCGAACUCACCUACGAGAACAUCAACGGGCUGAGGAGCGGCCGGAAGCAGCGGCUGAGUCCCAGCAGCGUGUCCCAGUCUGUGGGUUCCAGCAGCAGCAGCAGUACUGGGGACAGUCACACACACUCCCUCCUGCACCCACACGCCCUCGGCCCGUCCUCUCUACCCCCGCAGGGCUACGCCUGCGAGAGGGGCAUGGGUGGGGGUCAUCGUCGGACAGCUCUGCUUAACUAUGAGAACCUGCCCUCUCUGCCGCCGGUGUGGGAGUACAGCGCUCUGCAGCGGGACGACGAACAGGAGGAGGAAGACGACGAGCAGGAUGAGGAGGAAUACGAGGAGGAAGAGGAAGACUUUGAUGAGUAUGAGUUCUCAGAAGGCCCUGGGACGCCCAAUGGGUACCACCAGGAUGGGCGGGGCAUCCACAGAGAUGCCCUGCAGAACUAUGUCAACACAGAGCAGGUCCAGCCGCCCCGGCUCCGACACGCCUGCCCCCCACACCCACGGCCGUGUCAGCCAGACAGAGGAGGCCGAAUAUUUAGCUUUGAUUUCCGCAGACGAUCGAGGUCAGGGGUCGGAGGCUGUGAGCACGGUCACAUGCCUCCAUCGCGGCAGCUGAAUUACAUCCAGGUGGACCUAGAGGGAGAACCUCCCUGCCAAGCCCUCAGCAGCGGGGCCGCCCAGACCCAGCCACAGCACCAGCGCCUACCACCCAAAAAAUGUGGCCCACAGGCAUCCCGGCGCAGUGAAUGCUACGCAGUCAUUGACCUAAAGAAGACCGCUGCCAUGUCCAACCUGCAGAAGGCUCUGCCGAGGGAUGAUGGGACUUCCAGAAAGACUCGCCACAACAGCACAGACCUGCCUCUGUAACCGGUGUUCAAACUGAAGAGGAACGAUGAAGACAGAUGAAGGCUUAUCCUCAUCUUAGCACACUGGACCCUUCACUGUCAUCCAUCCAUUCAACUGUCGGGCUGACUAAUACAGUACAGGUACCUAAUUAGAAACUUACUGAAACUUAUCUGUGCAUAUAAAAGGAAAUGAGACAUCUCUGAGGAGAAUUUGCCAUUUUAUUCUGUGUUAUUUAUUAGGUAUGUGGUGUGAAGCUGUCUCGAGAAAUUGGCAGUGUUUACUGCAAAUACUGUUUGCUGAGUAUAUUGUUAUUUAUAUAUAAGCAUAAAAUCAUAUUUAUACAUCAGGGCUGCACGAUUUGGAAGAAAUUAUCGACUUAUUUUGACUUCACGAUAUUGGAGGGGAUGGCAUCUUUAUUCUCGUUUUCAUUGAAAAAUAAAUACAAAUUGGUUUUAUUUAAACAUUUUUAUUUAUUUUAAUCGAAAAUUAUCAAAAUUAUUAUGGAGGAUUUGUUCUGUUGAAAACAAUUUGUAUGUCAAGACAUCCUGCAGCAACACAAUUCCUAAAUAAGGCCGGUAUUUUGACACAUAUUUUGUAUUUGGAUAUUGCACUAGUCCAUAUUUUUGAUUAACUGUGCAGCCCUUAUAUGAAUAAUUUUAUAUGAUUUUAUGCUUAGCUAUGACUUGGAGCAGAGACCUCUGUUUUCAGUGGAAGCAGUCAUUGCCAUACUGUAUCAGCAAAUUUUAUUUCAUGAACCCAUCUCCACUCACACAUAUUAUUGUUCCUAUGAUUUAUUUAUUCUACAUCUCCAUGAUUUUUUACUGAAAUACUAUGAGAGUCCAAAACGUGACCCUCGUUACAGAAGACUAGUUGUUGGCGUGAAGGGAUGGUUCCUCCAAGAGACUGGCCAAUAUUCAUACCUCAUCACAAGCAUCCAAGUCUAAUAAUGUGGCUGGUGGAAGAGACCAUUAUUACUAUAUGCCUAUAGAGCAUUUUGCACACAAUCCUAUGGAAUUGUAUUUUAUCAUAUUUUAGGGAAUGGUCUUGUCCAGUCCGAGUAAAAAAAAAAAAAAAAAAAGGAAUUAAAUGAGCAGACAAGAUGGUGAUAUUUGCAGAAUUAUACGAAACUGAAUGAUGGUAAAAGUAGCACACAUGGAUUAAACGAGCUCUGGCUCCCUCCUAUCCACAUGCAGCAAAUGAAAAAGUAGCAUAUCAUUUUCAAACACACCUCCUGCACAUCAUCCCAGACCUGCAGGAGGUUCCGCGCGGUUUACGCUUGUCACGUUGCACUUUUGACCCUGGGCCGCUGAAAUGCUCUUUGUCUCUAUACUCCCACUCCACUGGAGCCGCAGGAUCGACCGUGUCCUUUUUACCAAAAGCAGGGGGCCAAAUAUUUCAUCGACAUUCUUAGUCAAGCAUAGGAUUUAUUUACAUGUUUUGAUGGAGACAUCAACAACCUCAAAUAGUGGCAUUAAGCUAUAACCUCACAUAAAAAUGCUGAAUCUAUAAUUUGUCAGUUAUCAGGUGUGAAUGGUCUGUUUUUAAAGGGCAAUCGAGUAUGUCGCAGAGUCAUGCAGUGAGGAUUUUUAUCAACAGUAGUCAGAUAUUUAUUUAUUUAUCUAUUUAUUUAUUUAUUUAUUUUGUUCAUUCCUUUCUUUCUAACUGUAAUAAUUUUGGAUUUUUUUUUCCAUGUGAUGACCAGCGUUUUGUAAUCCAGUUGGUAAUACGGAGACCAAAGUUUCACCUCAAAUUAUCACUGGUGUAUUACUGUUAUAACUGUGCUUAAUUAUAUUUAAAGAAAAAAAGACUGUAUUUAUAUUUUAAGUGCCAAAACUUAAUUGCAAACUGUGUGAUGAAUAAAAUGAAACGUGCCAUUAGGAUUUAUAGACAACAACAGAGGGACGGGAGAGGCGUGAGGAGAUAGGAACUUUAGAAAAACUUUUUAAGGAUAAAUUAAAACGAUAAAAAACUGCACAUUCCACCUCAUCCACAUCGACAGCCAUUCAGGAGCGAGAUAUGAGAACGGCAACCUUGUAGUCUGAUAAUCACAGCCAGGGUGGUUUUAUGCUGCUACAUGUACAUACUAACAGUAGCCCGUGUACGCUACAGGUACUUGUCAAAAUGAAAACGUACGUGUUUGAACCUAUGCGAUGUCAGAUCUUUUACCCUAAUGUUAAUUGCUAAUAGAAGUAGCAUUGUUGUGUUUUUCUGAGAUUAUUUCCGAGCAGUAGAAAUAUAUAAUGUACCAUUUCAGAGAAUGUUUCAUUUGGCCAAUAUUUCAAUUCAUCGAUUGUUUUUCUCGACAAACUGGCUGUCUGGUAGGAGAGCUGACGGAGGCAUAGGCCCGCUGAUGCUGUCAUCUUUUUGUUGAGCGCUCAUAUCAAGGUGAUGUUUUCAGUUGACUGAGGAAGUGUUCCAGAUUUACAGAUUGUGGCAUUUAGCUGUAGUUUUUUAAACUGAGUGUUCAGGGGAUCAAUAUGGGACAUUAAUAUAAAUUGUCAAUUUCUGAUUAGGAGGUUUUUUUAAGCUUCUGUGUGACAUGAGGUGCAAAUCAAAGAGGAUUUCAUUCAGGCAAAAACAAAAAAAGCCUCAAGUUUGUUGUUGUUGCAUCCAAUAAGCGCUAUAUAGUGUAAAAAUUUAAUUUGGAAUGAUAAAAAAACAACAACUGUGAAAAGCAUUCAGAAAAAAUGCAGAUACAAUGAAAGUUCCUAAUCUCUCACUAUCUAUUACUAUGAAUUGGUUAUUUUUAGAUGUUGUCCUUUCACAAAUUCUAUAUUUUUUUUGAUCAACCAAAAUUGUUCAGUCAAUGAAAUGUAGGAAAAUUAGGAAAAAUGUUCACCAGUUUCCUACACCUGUAUAGUUCAUGACCCUCAUAACUACUUCACUUCCGGCAUUUUCAUACAUUUAUUUACAGUUUAAACUGCCUUACCAGGACGUUUUUUUGCCCUAAACCUUGGUCAGUGGUUUUAUAACAUAAAUUCACAGAAACUGCAGCCUUUUUUUUUUUACAAUCGCGAACCGUACGUGUGUGUAUAAUGACGUGUGUUCUAUAUUUAGAUCACGUUGCUGUUCCGCGAAGCCGUGAAACACGAGCCGCGAUACGUACAUACGUGUCGUAACGGGUGGAACUGACACACAACCUCCUCUGUCGUUUAGGUUAGAGAUCUUGUUGUAUAGUUAUGCCCAAACAGUCCAAAAGCAAAGAUAUUCAGUUUCCGAUUAGAAGGGCAUUCACAAGAGCGCAGACCUCCGAAACGGAAGAAACAUUUUGUGUAUCUGCUCCGUGAAUCAGAUCUACUCCAAACUUUAAAGGGCUCGUCAGAGAUCUUUGCUACACCCUUCAACCAAGUUUCAUAAAAAUCGGGCCAAUACUUUUUCUGUUAUUCUGCUGACAAACAGACAAACUGAAAAUGGAUGAAUAAUUCCUGGAUGGCCGUAAUGACAUAUGACUGAAAAGGUUGUCAUAAAUAAGAAGCUGCAGCCAGCAGAUGUUUCUGUAUAUGAUUAAUAAUUAAUCAGAAGUCAAUUAAAUAAUGUUAAAAAAAAUCCUAUUACUAUUAUUAACAAAAAGUAUUUACAUUUCAUGAGUUCAGACGGCACCAAACGAUUUUUUUUUUAUCAUCUCAUCUGGCUAAUCUUUUGGUGGGUUAAUUGUUUGGUCUUUAAAAAGCGCUACAGUUUCCCUGAUGUCUUCAAAUUGUUUUGUCUGACCAACAAUCCUCCACUAAGGCCAUCUACCAAUGUUAUGAAAGGGAAAAUAGUUUGAGUGUCUUGUGAUUCGAUUUAAUGUGUUCUUCAUUGGUCCAGGCUGCUCCCUUCCACCAAGUUUAAUGAAAUUGGGCCGGUAGUUUUUACAUAAUACACAAUACAUGACAAACAAACAUGACCUCUUAGGCAGAGAUUAUGAUUAAAAGGAUCCUUGCAGAUAUUUGGCAGUUUUACUCAUUUAUUAAGUAAUCACUUAAUAAUAUCAGUGCGACGGGUUGGGUGUUAACAAUAAUAUGAGCGUUUCUGAUGAAGACUCCUCACACAGAAGCUUUUUAAUAACCCCAAAUCAAAAGUUAAUAGUUUGUAUGUUUGUUUGAUCGUCAUACUUUAAUAUGACAUUAAAAAAAAGAAGUCUUUCUAUAACAAAAAGGCCAACUUUUAGCGGACAGUUUUGACUGUAUUUGCAAAGAUAUUGUCACGAUACAUUGGAAGGAUGUUUACAUUUUUGCAAUAAUAGGUGAAUUAUUGUUUUGUCGAUCUAAACCAGACCAAUGUGUGAAGUGUGAAAUUUAAAUAGUAGUCUAUAGAGUUGUGGGCUUAAUGUAUUUAAUCGCCUGUUCUUCUGUGAAUCAGCAGUCUUAUUUUUUAUUUAUUUUUUCAGGUAUGAUGUUUACUUUUCAGUCUUCAUAGUACAAUUUCAGCUAUGAAAGUAAAAAAGAAAAAGAUGCCUGUUUUUUCUUUUUUUUUGAUUGUCAGACACUGUGUUUGCUUAAAGUCACAUUAACAGUGCCAUACAGUAGGUGACCAUUGCCAGUAGUUAAAUUUUAUUGUAUUAAACUUUUCAAAGCAGUGGCGAUGUUUCAUACAGGAAGUUAAAAAAGAAAUCCAUGUUGAAAUGUGUUAACUAUCUUUGUUAUAACGCAGUAACCUCACCGACAAACAAACCAGUGAGCAUCAUUACUCCAUACUCCUGUGUUUACUGAUUAAUAAUCAAAUAAAUAUACGUGUUACAUAAUUGUUUAAAAAAGAAAAUGACAUUAAUGUGAUCUCAAUGCACUUGAGUUCAUAUAAAGUGCAGCUCACAUCCCAUAACUCAUUGUGAUCGGCUCGGCCGCGACGCUAUCUCAGAAGCUUCGUUUUCAUCACCUGCAGUGUUUAUGCUCGAGGUGUAAUUCACACAGGUGUCAGUGAAAUUGAUUGCAGGGCAAGUAGCAGCAAGUCGAGAUAACAACUCUUAUCAUUAAGUUCCCCAAACUGAAUUUAUUGAAUUGGUUGUUUAACAAAAGGGCUUGCUCUGUGUUUACUGUACAAACAUGAACGCCAUUUAGUCCAUUUAAAGAAAUUUCUCACUGUGCCUUUCAUAUUCAAGCUGAAGAAACAUUUUCAUCGCCUGUUGUAAAAAAUAAAAUAAAAUAAAAAAGCUACAAAAAAAAAAAAAAGGCCUGUUGAAGAAUUUAAGACAGAUUAUAAAGUUGAAAUGGGCUUUUGUCAAAGUGGUUUCAUACUUCAAGUUGUAUUUGGAAAAAAAAAGUGCCAACUCCUGAUUGUUUUUCUCCAUACUGUAUUUUUAAAUUAUGUCUGUUUAAAGGAAUUUUAUAAAAUUUUGGGAAGCAUGCCAAUUUGCUUUCUUGCCGAAUUUGAAGUUGGAUGCCACUUUCACACCUGUGUGCUAAAUAUGAGUUUAGCUUGAACCCUGGAAUAAGUAGUUUUACUACUCAUUUUACUGAUAUCUAAUGAGAGUGGCAUCACUUCAACAAAUUCUUGGCAAGAAAGCAAAUAUCUGACGCGUAUCUCCAAAAAUGUUGAACUAUUCCUUUAAGGUCGUUGACAUUAAAACUGAAUGAGAUGUAAUUUGUUAAGAUAUCACGAGUCGUGAUUUUAAUAAUAGGUUGAGUGGAUUAGAAAAGCCAAACUCAGUGUGACUGAAAAGUUAAUCAUGACUGGUAUGUUCUGUAGCAUUUAAUGUUAAUUAAAGAUUACAGUGUUUGUCAUUAAAAACUCCAUGAUUCCUCAUCAGCUGCCAUUUCUUCUCAUAGUGCUGAAGAAUGUGAAAAUAAAAUUCCUUUUUUCCGAGAUUUUUUUUGUACCUUUCCAGUUUGUAACCACUCAAAAUGUGUACAGCAGUAAAUCAGAUUAUAAGAACACAGUAAGAGCAGGAAGAAAGGCCAGCAACACGGUUUGCACCACAGUGCUACACGUCAUCAUCUUCAUCAUCAGUGGUUUUUCAUCAUCUUCAUCUCUUUAGUGAUUCCGUGUCAUUUUCAAAACUUCAGAAUAACAGCAAUGACAUAUUGUAAAACCUCAACUUCCUGUCCAUGCUAUGAGAUACAUCUCUGUCAAAAUACUGAAAAUAUCAUAAAACUGUAAUAUCUCUUUAUUAUGAUUAUUAUUAUGUGUUUAUUUUUAUUUUUUUUUAAAGUCUGGUUUGUUUUGUUUGGUACGAAGGUGUGAUCACCACCAGAGGGUGAUGUACGUGUACGGGUCUGAGCUGUACAUUUUUGUGUAUUUCCAUACAGGUUGCAUUGGCCUAACUUUGUGACUAUUAUAUCAAUUUACGAAUUGAAUGAGUGCCAAAUAUGCUCGAGCAUGACAAAAUCCGGGACCUACGAGGACCUGCAGGUACUCUCCGACUCAUCAAGUGAGACUCGAGUGACUCGCUGCUGUUGUAGACUCUACUUGUGAUAAGAAUGCACAGCUGAAGGUUUAACAAUGCUAAAUAUUUUUGCUGAAAAAGGAGGAAUAUUUAUGUUUUUUGUCUCAGUUUUGACAAAAAGUUUCUUCAAAUAUUUGUUGUAUGUUUCUGUGUUUCCAUCCAUGGCUUAUAAAUGAGUAUGCAGUGAUGGUCUAUCAUGCUGCCAUUAGAGGUGAAUAUAAAAAGCUGAUUUGCUUCAUUUGUUGGACUGUCCAAAAGAAACAUUUGGGUCAUUUUCAUUCUUGAUUCAUUCCAUACAGAGAUUAUGUUAAGAUAUAUGUUAAGAUAUAUGUUCUAUCCGACCUCCUUUUCAUCCCAUCCUGUCCCAAAACAAAGUGAGCCUGACAUUUUGGUGAAUUUUACCCUGAAUUAUAGUGUGAAUUUGUCCCAAAAAAAAUGUACAAGUAAAUGUAAUUCUAAUAUUAAAAUGAAGCUAUGAAAAUAUCUUAUUGCGCACUAAACAGUGUCUAUUUUUUUUUCUUUAAGUCAAACCUUUAAUGUCUCAAAGAAUCAAUAAAUGUAUUUGAGUUCAAACCAAGCAUUUUCGCUCCGGGAUCACGUGGCUCUUCAGUUCCUAACAUGUAAAAUGCUUGACAUUACAACAUUUACAAGAUAUUUUUUAAGGUAUUCCUAGAAUAUUUUUAUAAAGUGUACCAGAACAGGCUGCUCAACAAUCAGAAAAAAAAAAAAUCUUUUUUUAAGACAGGUCACACCGAACCUUUUUGGGCUGAUCAAACCUGAUCACUUUUGGAGGAGAAAUGCUUUGUUUGCUCUGGUCUAUUUAUUAUUUUCUAAGGAAACAUUAAAGACAGACGUUAAAAUGGGCCUGUUUAAAUGUGUGUAAUACAAUACUCAAGCUGUUGUGUGGAUAAUCUUUCAUCCUCCAGGCCAGCGGCUGAGAAAAACGACGCUGUGUGUCUUAACACUGAGAAGAGAAAUUAUGUGUGGACACCAUUUAAAGUAGAAUUCCUUUUUGUUUAGAACAACAAUAUGUACUGCUGUCUAGCUCCACAACCUGCCCAGGAUAUAUUCAUCAUUAUCCAAAUUGACGUAAACAUUUUUCAAAUUUUUGCCCAAACCAGAAUUUAAUUCAUGAUUUUAUUCCACAUUUGUUUUUGCAGCUGAAUAUUAACUUCUUUUGAGCAUGUAAUUAGUGUCUGCCGGUGUGUAAACAAUUUUAAUAAUUUGAUGUACAGAGAGCAUGGUCCUUGUUAGCUCUAGAGAUUUACAGCAAUCUGUAAAUAUAUGCCUUAAAUAGUAGCUGUCUUGUCUUGUGUUCGUAUGUCUGUCUUGUUUUAUGAUUAUUGAAUUAUUGUAUCAAAAAGAGGAGCCUCACAAAUAAAGCAGAGCUUUUAUUGUU